AUAAUACUCUCAUAGAUUAUCAAACAGUAACACACAUUUUGUCCUUCUCUGGUCAUUAACAGACGUUGUUUUGAUUGGUGCACAUCCUCGCACGAAGCAGGAUUUUGCAAAAUGUUUCGCUUUCUGCGCAGUCUUUUUAGCUGCUGUUUCCCGGAGGUUGAAGAUGAGGUGGACACGGAUUGGGGUAGACCUUCCGAUGCUGGAAGAAGUCCUACCGAUCUCUUUGGCAGUAUUACUCCACAAGCGACUACUCCUCAUAUUCGACAAGGGACUACUCCUUAUAUUCCACAAGCGACUACUCCAUAUAUUCCACAAGCGACUACUCCUUAUAGCAUUACUAGUAUAACUAAAAGGGAAAUCUUGGCAUCCAAAUACAGAGGACACCCGUCGCUCAGUCUGCACUUUGGUUCCCGCGACCUGGAGGAGGUCAUUAAAGACAACGGGGGACGCCCUCUACUCGACCUGCACGGAAUGACAGUGAGGGAGGCCAAGGAAUGGGUCGAGUAUUUCAUCAACCUGCACGAAGACCUGGGGACAGACAGCAUCAAUGUGGUGACGGGGCGAGGCAACAACAGCGCCGACGGGAAGGCUAAGAUCAAGCCUGCCAUCGAGAAACUGCUUGGAGAGCUUGGGCUGCAGUAUCGGGAGAUGAACAAAGGGGGAAGCUUCUGGGUGCAGUUAUGAGGG